AUGCUUUCCACUCCAUUGAAUAUGCCAAAGUGGCUGGAAGAGAACUCCCACCUUCUCAAGCCACCGAUCAACAAUUACUGCGUCUACAACGAGGAUGUUACUGUUAUGAUCGUAGGAGGACCCAACGCCCGCACCGACUACCACAUCAACGAAACAGCAGAAUGGUUCUACCAAUACAAAGGCGCCAUGAUGCUUAAAGUAGUCGACGAAUCCCUACCCUCGCCCUCCAAAUUCAAAGACAUCAUCAUCCACGAAGGUUGCAUGUUCCUGCUCCCUCCCAACACUCCUCACAAUCCCGUUCGUUUCGCCAAUACUGUGGGCAUUGUGCUGGAGCAGAAGAGACCAGGAGAAAGUCUGGAUAGGCUGAGAUGGUACUGCGGGAAUCCGGAGUGUAGGGAGUUGGUUGAUGAACAGUCUUUUCAUUGUACGGAUUUGGGAACCCAGAUUAAGGAGGCGGUCAAUGGAUUCAGGGAUAGUGAGGAGAGGAGGAAGUGUAAGAAAUGUGGGACGAUGGCGGAGAGUGCGCCGAAGCCGGGAGAGAUCAAGGAUCCGAAUCUCGAAUAG